AUGAAGAAGAAGACGACCGAAGAGGACGUGGACACAGCCGUUUACUUCAGAGCUCAACCACGUUGGUGUCGUUGUGUCAAGCGGAAAAUGUGCUCAGUUACCGAUGCUCAAUCAGAAAAUGAAAUUAUUGAAAAUCUCCGCCUCAGGCAUGACUUUUCCAAAGAAUUUAUUCGGAAACCAGUUUCUAAUAAAAAGUCGCCCUACCGCCCUUUGAUGUCUUUUUCACAACUAGUAUCCCCUCCUUAUGGAUAUCCUGCCGAAACGCCAGACCUUUUGCGUAGUUUGGAGUACACAAAACCAAUGCCUGUCCAGACGGAGGUUAUCCCAAUAUUUCAUGAGGGCCACCAUAUGCUCGUAUGUUCUCCAACGGGUUCUGGAAAAACUACUUCAUACCUUCUUCCUCUACUAAACUUUGCAGCAACUCAUACUAAACACGAAGUGUCAAUGGAUAAGCAUUUGGUUCAUCCAUAUUGUAUCAUACUUUCCACAACACAAGAAUUGCUCGGCCAAAUAUGGGCAGAAUGUGUUCGACUUGGACAAAAUCUUUAUCCAAAAAACGGGAAGAUAGCCAUCCUGCGGCGGAAACACUACAAUCUCCGACGGAAAGAUGAAUCAAAAGCACUAAAGAGAUGUCGCGAGCUGCGUUUGCCGAAGGAAACCAAAAUCUUAAUUACCACACCGAAGCGACUGGCCUCACUUAUUUCAAAAACCGGCAAGGAUUGCCCCGUCAGUUUUAAUUGUCUCAAGUGGCUGGUGAUUGACGAAUGCGACAAGAUGCUCGAGUCGAACAUCGGUGGGGAGGAACACGACCGAGCUCUGAGGACUUUCCACGCCCAGUUAACGGUAAUCUUGAAUGGCAUCCGUGGCGGCGCUGCUGCUGCUGGAUCGUUUCCAAGCGUGGCGCUUUUCUCCGCCACGAUGCCGUCGCAGGUUGUUUCGUGGGCCAGUGAAGAGCUCUCCGCUGAAUGCUCCGAUGCUCGUGGACUCGUGAAGCUCCAAAUCGGACCCGGCGAUGCUGCCGUUUCAACGGUGAAGCAAGAGCUUCGUUACUGUGGUUCAGAGCAGGGGAAACUGCUGGAAAUGCGUCGUCUACUCGUCAGCGGACUCUCCUACCCGUGCCUCAUCUUCACUGAAUCACGACAAAGAGCAGCCGAGCUGUUUAAGGAGAUCCUGCUGUCAGACAAAAACAUCCUCGCAAGUAUCCUCUCGAGUGAGAAAAGCGAGGCACAGCGCAAUGCAACCGUGAAGGCGUUCCGCGAGGGCAAAAUCAACAUACUCAUUUGCACAGAUUUACUCGGAAGGGGAAUAGAUUUCAAGAGUCUGAUGAUGGUGGUGAAUUAUGACCUGCCGCCAUCACCGACCGAGUACAUUCACCGAGUUGGCCGAACAGGCCGCGCGGGUCGCCUCGGCGGUCGCGCAGUGACCCUCUGGACGGACGCAGAUCUCCUCCACAUGGACGCCAUCCUCGAGGUGAUGCGGAAGAGCGGCGCCACCGUCGACGACGACCUCCAACGCCUCGUUUCGGCGUGGAAGGCCAAGAAGGCCAAGCAGACCCACGCUCGCACCAUCGGGGGGGUUGUUUCGCGUCGAAAGGGUGAACGCAGGCUCGCAGCGAGGGUUGCUCUCGGCCACAAGUCGAAGAAAACUCUUGACAGAGAAAAGCACCUUCUGCGACCGUGGAAUCCACACCGUGGCAGCAUCACUGACGUGCCUGGGUCCAAAUCCCGCGAACUGAUGAUGUCGCAGACGAGUGGAAACACCGGCAAACCUUCGAGGAAGAGAAAACACUCGAAGACGUCUGGUGGGCCGUGUUUGCGCUCCCCUGACGUGUAA